UGCAAGGAUUGGGUUCAAAUUAUCGGAGAUUCUGAUUUAUUGUUCCUAACAAUAGAGUUUCUUUCGGCAAAUCGAUUUGUCUGCAGCUGUCAUUUUAAUAUCAAUGACUAUAAAAUUCAGUUACGCAAGAAACUGAAAGAAAAUGCGAUUCCGUCGAUUUUUGAAGAAGAAAUCAUUCCUCUAAGUGAAGAACAAAUGAAAGAGUUUCCAUUAAAAAAUGUAAAAAUCAUAAAGACUGAUGCUAUUCUAGAAGAAGUACCGGCUGAAAUUCUGAAAAUCGACAGAGACAAUUUGGAACCGAAUGUUCCUUUAGCAAUCGAGUUAAGUCCCGCUAACUAUUGCGAAAACCGUGUCAUAUACGGUGCUCCAAAAAAAAAAAACAAAAACGUCGAUUAA